AUGUUAUCACGGAAACCGGUAUUUAGUUUUGUACAUCUCUCCUUGAAACCUUAUGAAUUUCGGCGCUACCCCCAUAAAACUGUCUUAAAUCAUUCUGAUCUUGACAUUAGUUAUCGAUGUCACUAUAUUAGCAUGGAGCAAGUGAAGAACAGCUUAAUUGGUUUGGUUGCUGGGAUCAACGGUGGAUUUGCUUCAGUAUAUGUUGGACAACCAUUGGAUACUAUUAAAGUCAAGAUGCAAACGUUUCCGGAAGUUCACCCGUCAACAUGGAAGUGUCUCCGAGUUACACUUGCGAAGGAUGGAAUCGCUCGCGGGCUCUAUGCAGGAACUGUCCCGUCACUCGUUGCAAAUAUUGCUGAAAAUGCGGUGUUAUUCUGUGCUCUUCCACCUUCUGAACAUCUUAUAGCCGGUCUCUGUGGAGUGGAUAAUAGUAAUCUCUCAGUACUACAGCAUGCACUUGCCGGUAGUAUAGCUGCUUUUUGGUCGAGUUUAACUCUUUGCCCAACCGAAUUAGUCAAGUGCAAAGUUCAGUCAAUGAGAGAAAUGACUGAGUUAGGACAUAUAAAGGUUGAUGUCAAAAACUUAGGUCCAUGGGCAGUAACAAAGUCAAUAUACAAAGAAAAAGGUUUCAAAGGAUUUACUUGUGGUUUAGGUGCUACAUUUGCCAGGGAAAUGCCUGGUUAUUUCUUCUUUUUUGGUGGGUACGAAGCAUGUAGAACAUUGAUGACUCCUACUAAUGGACGUAAAGAAGAUUUGGGUCCUAUUAAAACUGUUAUCGCUGGCGGAAUAGGUGGAGUUUCACUGUGGGUGGCGAUAUUUCCAUUCGAUGUUGUUAAGUCUCGCAUGCAAAUCGGACAUCAUACUGUCACGUCAUCCUCAAUCUCUCAUGGAAACAAAGUCAGUAAACAAAAAAGCAUGUUUUCUGUCCUGUUAGACAUCAAGAGAAACGAAGGAAUUCGUUCACUUUAUCGUGGUCUUGGCCCAACAUUAUUGAGAACAUUUCCAGCAACAGGAGCUUUAUUUCUAGCCGUAGAAUGGACUCGUAAAUGCGGACAUUGGUUACUAGACUGA